GGAGAGGAAAAGGAAGAGAAGCAAGACUGUUCAGGGCUCACCAUGGGCCCUGUACAGCUCUUGCUGCUCUUCUUGCUGCUCAGCAGUGGUGCUCUCACACAAGAAGAAGCUCCUGAAAGUGGAAAUCCAGGAUGUUCAAAAGAUGCAACCAGAUUUAAACACCUCAGAAAAUAUGUUUACUUAUACGAAGCAGAAACAUCAAAUGGGAUCACGGGAACAGCAGAUUCUCGAAGCGGCUCAAAGAUCACUUGCAAGGUUGAACUGGAGGUACCACAGCUAUGCCACUUCAUCUUGAGGACAAUGCAUUGCUCCCUGAGGGAAACAUUUGGUGUUGACCCUGAGGGAAGGGCCGUACUGAAAAAGUCAAAGAACUCUGAGGACUUUGCAAAUGCCAUGUCCAGGUAUGAGCUAAAGUUCAGCAUUCAGGAUGGAACAAAAGUCAAGCUGUACCCAGAGAAGGAUGAACCUCUGAAUGUACUGAAUCUCAAGAGAGGAAUCAUCUCAGCUCUACUUGUGCCAACAGAAACAGCAGAAAACAUAAAAACAAUUUCAAUGGAUACUGUAUAUGGAAAGUGUGACAGUGAAGUUGAAUUCAAAUCUAGGAAAGGAAAUGUUGCAGAAGAUAUUUCAAUUAACAGGGACCUGAAAACCUGUGAUAACUUCAGUCCCAUCAGAGAUUAUGUCAGCCCUAUUGCCAUUGUAAAGGGACUAAACAUCCCAUUAUCCACCCUUCUGAAGAGUACUCAAUACUGUCAUUAUAACAUUGAUGCAAAGAAAAGGCACAUAAGAGAUGCUGUCUGCACUGAAAAACACCUGUUUCUGCCCUCCUCCUACAAAAAUCGCUAUGGUGUAAUGACAGAAGUCAACCAGACACUGAAGCUUGAAGAUACUCCAAAGAUCAAUAACAGAAAUUUUGAUGGAGAUGAACUGGAAGAGAAGGGACUUGCGCUGGAAAGUACAGAUGCCAAACUUCCCAGGCAGGGGGAUGCUGUUCUGAAAAUCCUUCAGGAGCUGCAGAAGCUUACAGUCUCCCAGCAAAACCAGCAGAGAGCAAGACUCUUCUACAGACUUGUUUCUGGACUUAGAAGUUUACAUAACAACACCCUUGGGUCUCUUGUACCAAAGAUGAUGGAAACUUCAAGUUCCAUCACAGUUCAGGCCCUGACUCAGUGUGGGACUCCAGAGUGCUACAGCGCAGUCCUUCAAAUACUGAGAACUGGAAGUGUGAACCCUCUUGUGGUAGACCUGGUCACAUAUACCAUGGGACUAUUGCCUUCUCCAACUCCAGGAAGAAUAAAGGAAAUUCUUAACAUGGCCCAGUACCAGCCAAGCAGAGCUUCUUUUUAUGGCUUGAGUCAUUCUGUUACUAAGUUCUACAAUGAGAAGAUGACUGUGACAGAAGAAAUAGCAGAUGUUGCAGACUUCAUGGUAUCCCUGCUUGGCACCGAUUGUUCUGGGGAAGAUGAACUCACAUACCUCACACUUCGGGCUAUUGGAAACAUGGGUGCAGUAAUGGAGAAAGCUAAACCCAACCUGAAAUCUUUUCUCAAGACAUGUAUGAGAAAUGAAGCUGCAUCACUUUCAGUUCAGAAAGCAGCCAUCCAGGCAUUCAGGAAAAUGACUAUUACUGAAGAGGACCGUUCAACACUUCUGAAGGCAUUCCAGGAAGGGGAUGCACCUACAGACAAACGUCUAGCAGCCUAUCUCAUACUGAUGAAAAAUCCUUCCUCAAGUGACCUCGCAAAGAUUUUGAGAGUCCUCACAAAGGAGAGGAAUGAACAAGUGAAAAGCUUUAUUGCCUCACACAUUGCCAACAUCCUAGACUCUGAAGAAGUAGGCAUUGAAAAUCUAAAAAGCCAAGUUGAAGAAGCUCUGAAAGGAAACCAGGUUCCAACAGCCAAAGAUUUCAGAAAAUUCUCACAAAAUUAUCAGAUUUCCAAAAGAGUUUCUGUUCCUGGAGUUGAUCCUAUCUCUGCCAAAGUAGAGGGAAAUGUGGUAUUUGAUCCAAACAGCUAUGUUCCUAAAGAGACAAUGCUAAAAACUACCCUGGAUGUGUAUGGAUUUGGCCCAAGUGACAUCUUUGAGCUUGGCUUGGACGGAAAGGGCUUUGAACCAACACUGGAAGCUUUGUUUGGAGAGAAGGGAUUUUUCCCAGACACUGCGAGCAAGGCCUUGUACUGGGUUGAUGGAAAAGUGCCAGAUCAAGUUUCCAAGGCACUUUUUGAAUAUUUUGGUUACUCCCAGGAUGGCAAGCAGGACCAGGAUGUCAUGAAAGGAAUAAUGCUUAACUUUGAAAAAAUGAUAAAAGAACUGAGCAGCAAGGAAGCUCCUGAAGGAAGAGCAUAUCUGAGAAUCCUGGGAGAAGAACUUGGGUACAUGAAACUCAGUGAUUUCAAGUUGCUGGGAAGCAUGGUUUUAAAGAGUAUUAAAACUCUUCGGACUGUUCCCGAAAUGAUUGCACAAGCCAUCUCGAAAGGUUUUGACAGGGAUUUAUUCGUCCACUACAUGUUCAUGGACAACGAGUUUGAGCUCCCAACUGGAGCAGGUUUGCAACUGAAGUUUGCCUUGUCUGGAAUAGUGACACCUGGGGCCAAAGUAGCUAUGAAGCUUCAUCAAAAAAGCAUGCAAGCAGAACUCAUUGCUAAACCUUCAGUAGCAAUUGAGUUUGUAACACACCUGGGAAUAAACAUGCCUGAAUUUGCUAGAAGUGGUGUGGAGAUGAAUUCAAAUAUAUUCCAUGAAUCUGGAAUUGAAGCACAUGUUAGUCUGAAAGCUGGACAGCUGAAAUUCAGCAUUUCUCUUCUCUUCUCUUCUCUCUCAAUUUUCUGUUCCAGCAAUACACUCCAUUUGGUGUCUCCAGCCAAAACUGAAGAGAUUCCACCUCUGAUUGAGAACCAAGAAACCUGGACUUCUUGCAAGCCUUUCAUUGCUGGUCUGAACUUCUGCACCAAAUUAUUGUACUCUAAUGCCAGUGACACAGAGGCAGCUCCAUAUUAUCCCUUGACUGGAGAAUCCAGAUUUGAAGUGGAAAUAGUGGCCACAGGUGAAGUGAGGGAAUACUCUGCAAGUGCAAACUAUGAACUGCAGAGAGAGAACAGUGAGCUGAUAGACACCUUAAAGUUUGCUGUCCAGGCAGAAGGUGUAAAUCAGCAUGAGGCCACAUUGACCUUCAGGUACAACAGAAAAAGAGAGACUUGGAGCAGUGAUGUCCACAUUCCAGAUAUUGAUGUUGACUUUGGUACAAACUUCAGAAUCAUUGAUGACUCCAUUCCUGGGAAGAAAGCAGAUUAUACCUUUGUUAUAGACUUUCACAAUAAGAAGAAUUCUGAAGUUACUCUUACUGGCCAGAUGAGAUAUGCUGGAAUGGAAGAGGCAAUGUUAAAAGGUACCGUUUCUAUUCCUCGCCUGCAAACUGAAUUGAGAACUGAAGCACUCGUUAAUUAUUCACCACCUAAAGGGUUUCUUCAGAUGAGCUCAGCUGCAACAACUUAUGGAAACUCAAUUUCAGAAAGAGUUCUCUUCAGAUAUGAUUCUGAGAAAAUUGAGCUAGAGUGGAAUUCAGGUGCCAGUGCUGCUGUGAGAAAAAUGUCUUCUGGCUUCCCAGUUGACUUCUCAGAAUAUCCCAGAACUUUAGAGAAGCAUGCCAAUGAACUGCUGGAUCGGAAAGUGGCCCAUACGGAUAUGACAAUGCGACAUAUUGUGUCACAGUUUAUUUUGGCAACCAACACCUGGCUGCAAAAGGCAUCAAAAGAUGUUCCCUAUGCCCAGACUCUGCAAGACAAACUAAAUGGACUCCAGGAACUAAGCAUUCAGAAAAUUAACCUUCCAGUUAUCACCAUUCCUGAAGAACUUUUCCUGCAAAGUGAAGGACGGAUCAGAUACAACUUGAAUAAGGACAGUUUUCUAAUCAAUAUCCCACUGCCAUUUGGUGGAAGAUCAUCUCAUGACAUAAGGGUGCCACAGACAGUUAAAACACCUCCUCUGGUGAUGGAGUCAAUGGGAAUAAGUGUGCCGUCUCAGGAAUACAGAAUCCCCACGUUUACUGUUCCAGAAUCCUAUCCUCUUCGUGUGCCUUUACUUGGUACUUUAGAGGUCUCUGCUAACCUGUACAGCAACUACUACAACUGGACAGCAGCAUACACUUUGGCUAACAGCACCACAGAGAAAGCAUCCGGCGUGAGAACGACUUAUGCCACAAACGCCGAGUCAGUUUUUGAGCUACUUUCCUACAGUGUGAAAGGCUCUGGAGAAGCAUCAUAUGGUAGAAAUGGAUUCACCUGUGCAUACGAAAAUCACCUGAAGCACAGUCUCCUAACAUCAGUUUUUAAGUUGGCCAGGACGAAGACUUAUGAACCUAGUUCAGUUGCAAACUACACCAUAUCACUUACAGCAUCCAGUACUCUGGGACCUCAGCUAUCAUUGUCUGGUGAUAUUGUUUCUGAAAAGACAAAUAACGUGAAUAUCAAUAACGUGAAGAUGGAGGGGCAGCUGGAAGUGGCUUCUGUCUUUGCAAGAAGCAUUUACACUCUGUCCAGCUCGUACAAUGAAAAGAGACGGUUUUUAGAAGGAAAAUCAAAUCUGAAGUUGGAUUCUUCUUACCUUCAGGCGACCAAUCAGAUAUCUGGCAGAUACAGUGAUGAUUUAUGUUCUAUUACUUCAGUUUCUGAUGUGCAGAAUGGGCUAUUAAAGAACACAGCUUCACUGAAGUAUGAAAACAGCCAGCUGAAAAUGACAUCUGAAACAAAUGGGAGGUAUCGACACAUUGCAGGUGUCAAUAAGCUUGAACUGAUUUUGUCAAAGAAGAUAGCAGCACUUCGAUCUGAAUAUCAAGCCACCUACAAGCAAACCCAGUAUUAUGCCUUGUUUGCAGGUUCUCUCAAUUCCCAGGAUCUUGUUUUCAACACUGACCUCUCUGUGACUGGUCAAAAGAAUCGAGCUGCACACAAGUCAUCAUUCAACGUCAAUCAGUAUGGUCUGGCCAGCAGUGCAACCACAAACGUGCAGUUUAGUCCAUUGACAAUGCAGAGCGAAAUGAAUGCCAAACUUGACACUGCUGGAGGCUCCAUGUCACUGUCCUCUUCUGGGCGCUAUGGUAAAAACAGUGCAAAGUUCAACCUAGGGGGAAGAGCGAGCCUAGCGGAAAUAACGCUGGGGAGUGAAUACCAGAGCACAGUUCUGGGUAUGGAUAAUAAACAUGUUUUAAACUUCAGAGUUAACAGAGAAGGACUCAAGUUUUCAAAUAACUUGCAAGGAUCGUUCAGAGAGAUUAAGUUGGAGUAUACAAAUGAUUUGAAUAUUCCUGGCUUAUCCUUAACAUUUGCUUCGAAGUUAGACAACAGCUUCAGCUUUGACAAGUUCCACAAGCACGUUUUUGACCUACAGCUGCAGCCUACCUCACUUACAGCUAAACUGACCAAUAAUAUUAAAUACACUAAAACUGAAGUUUCCAACAAAGCAGAACUGCUUCUCGAGCCUCUGAAGCUGAACUUGGGUGGCAAUGUCAGAGGAGCCUAUGGGGCAGAUGAAAUAAGGCACACCUACACCAUUGCAUAUGCUGAUCUAGCUGCCAACUUUAAAACAGAUACAGUCGCAAAUAUUCAAGGUGUAGCAGUAAGUCACAGAGUCAAUCUCAAUAUGGCUGGACUUGCUUCCUCACUUACUAUGAACACAAACUGUGACUCCAAAUCUCUCCACUUCAGCAAUGCUGUGCGUUCCACUAUGGCCCCAUUUGCUAUGACUGCUGACAUACACACCAGCGGUAACGGAAAGCUGAUCGCUAUGGGUGAACACACAGGAGACCUUUACAGCAAAUUCCUGUUUAAAGCAGAACCUCUUGCUUUCACUUUCUCCCAUGAUUACAGAGGAUCUACCAGUCAUAGCUUGAAGUCUAGGGGAAGACACACUACCCUGCUUGAUAGCAAAGUCCAUACGCUUUUUACUCCUUCAGAGCAGUCAAGUGCUUGGAAGUUGAAAAGUCAGCUAAACAAUAAUGUGUAUUCACAAGAUCUCACUGCUUACAAUGAUGCAGAAAAGACCGGUGUGGAACUUAGUGGAAGAGCUUUAGCAGAUCUCUCUGUCAUGGAUACGUCGGUCAUACUACCAUUCACAUCUGAAGAAGUUAAUUUAAUUGAUGUAUUUGGCCUCAGGGACAGUGUGUCAGAGCCUCAAGAAUUCAGCAUCUCUGGCUCUGUGAAGUAUGACAAAAAUAAAGAUAUGCAUGUUAUUAACCUACCAUUCUUGGAACAUUUGCCAGUUUACUUUGAACAAAUCAGAGGCACCAUUCUGUCCACUCUGCAAGCCAUACAAAGUUACCUGAAGAACAUUAACAUAGAACAACAUAUGAGAAAAUACAAGGCAACGUUGGAUAAACUCCCACAGCACUUAAAUGAUUACAUGGACAAAUUAGAUAUGAAAGGCAGAGUUAGCAGCAUGAAAAAUACUUUGGUUGCUUUCACAAAGGACUACAGAAUAACCUCUGAUGAUCUCCAAAUUAUUCUGGAAAAAUCCAUGGACAAUCUUCAAGAAAUACUGUUUCAGUUGAAGAUUUAUCUGAUAAAAAUUGAGGAAUACGUCAAAGAAUUUUAUGAGCAAUAUGAUAUUAAAACAUUAAUUGCACAGCUUCUUGAACAGAUAGUUGAAACGUUGGCAUAUUUAGAUAACAAAUAUGACAUAAGAGUGACUGUAGUUGACACUAUUCAAAAACUGCUAACUUUUUUUCGCGAGCAUUUUCCUAUUGAAACUGGAUGCGGCUCUUGGGAUUGGUGUACGAAGCUAGUUAGUGUGUACGAUAUUACAACUAGAAUAGAGAAAAACCUAGAACAACUCAAGAUUCAGAUUCAGAAUAUUGAUGUCAGACGCAUUGCAGAAAAUUUGAAAGAGCAGAUUAACCUGUUUGAUGCCAAAGAAGCUUUAGAAAAACUGAAGCAUUCAUUACCAAUUGAAAAAAUUAAAGAAGUUCUUGAACAAAUCACAUACUUUAUUCUAAACUGGAUGGAGGAGUAUGAAGUGUCUGAGAAGAUCAGUGCUUUCCGAGGUCAUAUGCACAAACUAAUUGUAAAAUAUGAAGUUGAUAAGCAGGUAUAUUUUUUAAUGGACAGAAUGAUAGAACUUCUUAAUCAAUACAGAAUAAAAGAAACUGUCCAGAAACUGACCAUCUACCUGAAAAAUGUUGAUGUGAAAUCAUGCUUUGAUAAAGUUGUUGCUUUCGUUGAUGAUGCUGUCAAGAAAGUGCAAACCUUUGAUUACGAAAUGAUGAUAAAGGAAGUCAACAAGUUCCUUGACAUGAUUAUUAAAAAGCUCAAGUCUUUUGACUAUAACCAGUUUGUUGAUAAUACAAAUAAAAAAAUCCGAGAAGUGACCCAGAAAAUAAAUGAGGAACUCAGAAAUCUAGAACUUCCACAGAAAGCAGAAGCACUGAAACAAUAUAUGAGAGACUUCAGAGCUGUGAUUUCAAAAUACAUGGAACAACUAAGGGACACCAAGCUUGCUGCGCUAAUUAAGUGGUUCAAGGAGCUGAUAAACUCAACAACAUUUGCCAGUCUGAAAGCUGAGAUAAAUGAACAUCUGGAAGACCUGCGACAGAGGAUUUCUGAAAUUGAUAUUUCCCAGGAAAUCCAGUGGUAUCUUCAGAAGAUAAGCCAGUUCUACAAUUCUAUUUUGGUAUACAUUUCUGACCAGUGGAACAUAGCUUUUAAGAAAAUCAUUGCUUUGGCUGAAAAGUAUGAUCUAAAAAAUUGGGCUGAAAAUUUAAACCACUUUGUUGAAACAGGAUUUCAAGUCCCUGAAAUCAGAACUGUUAUAGUCACUAUACCUGCAUUUGAGGUUAGUCUCCGAAGUCUUCGGGAAGCAACAUUUCGAACACCAGAGUUCAUUGUUCCACUGACUGAUCUGCAUAUCCCCUCCUAUGAGAUAAAUAUUAAGAGACUGAAGGACAUGAAAAUCCCACUGAAAUUCACAACUCCAGAAUUCACGGUUCUAAAUACCUUUAAAGUUCCUGCCUAUACAAUUGACUUGAGAGAGAUUAAAAUUCAGAUUGUGAGAACAAUAGACAAAGUCAUAUCCGGUGAAUUUCAGUUGCCAGCAAUUGACUUGUAUUUUAAAGAUCUGAAGAUGAGAGAUAUGCCUUUUUCUGACAUCUCUUUCCCAGAAAUACAAAUGCCUCAGUUUCAAAUACCAGAAUUAUUGGUUCCAAAGCUAAAUCUAAAUGACCUCCAGAUUCCUAACAUGAAGAUACCAGAGUUUGAGCUUCCACGUAUUCCGCAUACUGUGACUGUCCCUACUUUUGGCAGAUUGUCUGGUGCUUUCAGAGUCACUUCUCCAUUCUUUACACUCUCUGCACAUGCUGAAGUUCAUAAUACUACAACAUCUGCAAACAGUCCAGAAUUUGUGACCUCCCUUUCAGCUCAAACAACGUCCAAAUUAGACUUCCUGGUUUUUAAUGUUAUUGCAGAUUCACGUCUCUUGGCCCCCGAGAUGAAGAAGCUGAACCUGAAAAAUUCUGUGAAGGUCAACCACAGGUUCCUUAAAGUUGAUCACACCAAUGAAGUGGUAUUUUUAGGGACUUCAGUAGAAGGUGAAGCUGAAACUAGAGCAAACUUCUAUACAACAAGAAAUUCAAUAGAACUGCAGAAUAAUUUAAUGGUCAAGCUGCAAAGAAAAAUUUGGCUGCAGAGUGGAACAGCAUAUUCCCACAGACUGAAUAUUCCACAAGCUGAUUUCUCCAGCCAGGCUGAUCUUGUCAAUAAUAUGACAACAGAGGUAGAAGCAGGACACAUAUCAUUUACCUCCACUGGUACAGGAAACUGGAAAUGGGCCUCUCCCAGCUUCUCGGAUGAAGGCACUCAUGAUUCACAUGUCACUUUCAGGGUUGAGGGCUCCGUUAUUACGUUCUCUGCCAGCAACAGAAUAAAUGAUAAGUACCUGAGAGUCAACCAAGUUAUGAGAUAUGAAUGUGAUUUCUUAAACUAUGCAACACUUCAGAUUCAGUCUGAAAUCGAGUCACAGCGUGUGGGACGUAGUGUUCUGAAUGUAAAAGGCAGAGGGCAUGUUGGAGCAAUGAAAGUAGAAUUAACAGGCUCUCACAAUGCUCGGCUCAAUGGACGGAUUACUGGAACUGUAAAUAAUGAAAUUUCCUUCUUGGCACACCUUUUUGAAAUUCGUCUAGUAACAAACAAUGAUGGAAAUGUGAAAAUCAGCCUCCCAAUGAAACUGACUGGCAAAAUUGACUUUCUGAAUAACUACGGUUUUGCUCUCAGUGCCUCUGUUCAACAGGUCAGCUGGCAAGCUACUGGCAGGUUCAAUCAGUACAGAUAUUCCCAUAACAUAUCUGCUGGGAACAAUGAUGACAGAAUUGAAGCUCAUGUUGAAAUGAAUGGAGAUGCCAACUUGGACUUCCUAAACAUCCCUCUAACCAUUCCUAAGCUUCAGGUGCCCUACACUGGAAUCAAAACACCUCAGCUAAAAGAUUAUUCACUGUGGGAAGAUGUAGGCCUGAAGCAUUUGUUGAAGACAACAAGACAAUCCUUUGAUUUAAAUUUGAAUGCUCAGUAUGAUAAAAACAGAGACAUGCAUGUAAUCCCACUGCCUUUAGCAACAGUCCAUGAAGCACUUAAUAAAUACAUCAUUUUCUUCAAUAAGCACUUUGAGAGAGGAAGAAAUACCGCUUUAGAUUUUCUCACAAAGUCAUAUAAUGAAGCCAAAACAAAAUUUGACAAAUACAAAAUACAGACAUCCCUGAACAAACUACCACGGACCUUCAGGAUUCCAGGAUACACCAUUCCAAUUUUGAAUAUUGAGGUUUCUCCUUUUACUGCUGAGAUGCCAGCAUUUGGUUACAUGCUCCCAAAAGAAAUAAGCACAACAGGAUUCACAGUCCCACUUAUUGGCUUUUCAGUACCAUCUUACACACUAGUUUUACCUUCUCUGGAGCUUCCAGUCCUUCAUGUCCCACAGGAUCUACGCACUCUAAAGCUUCCUAGAUUCAGAAUCAACAGCCCAUCAAACCACAUCUUAAUUCCUGCCAUGGGAAACUUUACUUACGACUUCUCAUUUAAAUCCAGCGUGAUCACUUUAACUGCAAGUGCUGGGCUGUUCAAUCAAUCAGAUAUUGCUGGGCAACUCAGUGUCUCAUCUUCUUCUGUCAUUGAUGCACUGCAGUUUAGGCUAGAUGGUUCGACAAGCUUGAUAAGAAAAAGAGGGUUGAAGCUGGCCACAGCAUUGUCCCUGAGCAAUAACAAAUUUCUAGGAGGAAACCAUGACAGCACUAUUAGUCUCACAAGGAGGAACAUAGAAGCUUCAGUGGAAACAACUGUAGAGAUCAACACACCAGCUUUAAAAAUGAAUUUCAGCCAAGAACUUUCUGGAAAUACUAAAUCUAAACCCACACUUUCCUCAGGGCUAAAAUUAACAUAUGAUUUUAAUACUACUAAAUUGGGCAGCAGUGCCAAGGGAGGAAUUGCUCACAAACUUGCUUUAGAGAGCCUUACGUCUUACCUAUCAGUAGAAACGUCUACAAAUGGGGAUAUUGAUGGAGUAUUUUACACUGGAAAUGCAUUUUCUGGGAGCCUAGACCAUGAGGCAAACACCUAUCUGAAUGCUAACGGAGCUCGAUCAUCUCUCAAGUUUGAGGCCCACUCCAAAGCAGAUGGACUCUGGAACAGUGAAAUGAAAGAAAUACUUGCAGUUGAAGCAUCCACCCGUCGUGUUUAUGCAGUCUGGGAGCACAAUGGGAAGAACUAUGCACGAUACACACCUCUUUUCACAACAACUGGGGCUCAGAGAUGCAAAGCAACCUUAGAGUUGGCUCCUUGGAGUAUAUCAGCAGAUCUUCACAUUCAAGCAACUCAGCCAAAUUCCUUCUUGGACACAGCCUCAGUUAAUCAAGUUGUCAUAGUAAGAAUCAAUACUGCAAAACAGAAAGUUGGUUGGAAGGGUGAAGGCCAAAUUGAGUCAGUAUCUCUCAGUCAUGAUAUGCAGUUAUCAAAUGAAGAAUCAAAGGCAAAGUUUGAUAUUUCUGGAUCUUUGGAAGGAUACAUGGACUUCCUCAAAAAUAUAAGGUGUCCCAUUUCUGAGAAGAGCUUAUGGGAUAUCUUGAAGUUGGACGUCACUACCAGCGCUGACAGAAAACAAUACUUAAAUGGUUCAGCAUCCCUCGUGUACACAAAGAGUGAUGAUGGAUACUUCUUCCCCAUACCUGUGAAUAAGCUGACGGAUGGCUUCACUUUCAGUAUUCCUGAGUUACAUCUAAAGGCUCCAACCCCUGUUUUCAGCACUCCAGAGUUCAGAGUUCCUUUCACCACUCUCCAAGUCCCAGCAUACAGCGUUGACUUGCGCAACAUAAAAAUUCCACAGACGCUGAACACAAUGCCAUUUGAUGUCAACUUACCCACGCUGCCAAAACUAAGAUUCCCCAAAGUGGAUGUAGGAGCCGAUUACAUCACAUUAGAAGAAUAUAAAAUACCAUAUUUUGAGAUGACAAUACCUGAAUACCAAAUAACUGUGUCUCAAUUCACUCUUCCGAAGAGCAUUUCUCUUGGCAGUUUCCAUGUAGAUCUGGAUGAUGUAGCUAAUAAGAUUGCAGAUUUUGAUCUGCCCACAAUUACAAUUCCUGAACAGAAAAUUGAGAUACCCCCUCUCAAAAUAUCCUUGCCUGCUGGAAUUUACAUCCCCUCAUUUGGUGCCUUGACUGGAUCAUUCAAAGUUGCUUCCCCUUUGUACAAUGUCACCUGGACAACAGACUUAACAAACAAAAAAGACUCUUUUGAACAGUCCAUUGACUCUACCUGCAGCUCAACAUUGCAGUUCCUGGAAUAUGACUUGAAUGUGGUUUCAAACUACAAAUAUGAAGAAGACAUGUUUGUUAUGAAGACAACUGGCAGCUUUUCACAUCGUGACAUGAGUGCAAACUACAAGGAAGUUCUUACUCUUUCAGGAAUUAGACUCGUGGACAACACUGCAUCACUAGACAUCAUCAGCCCAGCGUUUACAGACGUUCAUAUGCGUCAUCGAAACACUGAUAGGAGCUUAUCUGGCUCAGUAUCUUCACCAUCUGCUGGGACCUUGGGCUAUGUCAUUGAAGUGGACACUGAUGUUCUCAUGGCAAAAGUUUACUACCGAACUCGGUCUGCUCCUCAGAAGGACAUUGACAUAUUAAAAAGUGAGAUAUCCUUCAGGAAACCCGACCUCAUCCAAAUGAAAUUCAACUGGAAAGAGGAUGCUGCCAAAGACUUGCUGUUGGGUCUGAAAGAAAAAGUACCUAAAAUGACAAAUGCAGUCUAUAGGUAUGUUAAUCGGUAUCAUAAGGAGUAUAUGGGACUGGAAAUUAGUGCUGCCACCUUAAAGAUGAAGAAUAUCAUGCAGAAUAAUGCUGACAAAGCAUAUACAUUUGCUGUAAAACAAAUAGAUCAAAUAGAUGCUCAGCUUCUCACAGCUGCCAAUGAGGCCUCUGGCAAGUAUCAGGAGAUGAAGGUCAAAGCUAAACAGCUAUAUCAAGAAGCAGCAGAUCAAGCUGAACAGUUUGACUAUCAAAGUGUAAAAGCAAAGUUUUUGGAUGCUGCAGUGGACAUAAUAGAAGAAUAUCACAAGAGAAUAAAACACCUAAUUGACUCAGCUAUUGAAUUCCUGAAGACCACAAAAUUCCAGGUCCCUGGGCUGUCUGAAAAGUACACUGGUGAAGAAAUAUACCUCAAGACUACAGAGAAGGUAGCAAAAACUGUUGAUUUAUGCCUUUCAAAACUCCAGGAAUACUUUGAUGCCUUGAUUGUAGCUAUCAAUGAGCUGGAAGUCAGAGUUCCUGCAUCUGAAACAAUUCUUAGAGGCCGUAAUGUACUUGAUCAAAUUAAAGAAAUGCUGAAACACUUGCAGAAAAAUAUCAGACAGACAUUUGCUACUCUCCAAGAAGCUGACUUUAUUGGAAGGCUUAAGCAACUGAAACAAGUAGUGCAACAAGUUUUUCAGAAGGUAGAAGAAAUGGUUAGAAGCUUGCAAUCCAAAAAUUUUGAAGACAUAAAAGUUCAAACACAACAGCUGUACAAAGAUGCAAUGGCUUCAGAUUAUGCACAGAAACUGACAUCCUUGGCAGAAGACAUUAAAAAAUACAUUUCUCUGUUGAAAGCUUUUAGCCAAAAGACAUUCCAGGACCUUUCAGAAAACCUGAGCCAGCUGCUGCUCUAUGUAAAGGAGCUGCGGGAGGAAUACUUUGAUCCAACUACACUUGGAUGGUCAGUGAAAUACUAUGAGGUGGAAGACAAGGUACUAGGAUGGCUGAAGAAUCUAAUAGACACACUAGUGGACUGGCACAACCAGUAUGUUGGAGAUCUUGCUGACUCAGUCACACGCCUGACAGACCAAGUAAGAGAAUUGGUAGAAAACUACAGCCAGGAAUAUUAUGACCUUUUAAGUGAUCUUGAAGGAAAAGGAAAACAGAAGUUGAUGGAGCUCUCAUCUGCCGCUCAGGAAAAAAUCCGAGAUUGGUCUGCAGCCGCUAAGAGGAAAAUCAAUGAACAUAACAAGCAAGUCAAAGAAAAACUCCAGGAGAUCUAUGGGCAGCUUAGUCAUUCCCAAGAAAAGGUAAUCAGUGAGGCCAAAAGGUUAAUUGAUCUAACUAUAGAAAAUUACUCUGCAUUCCUGCAAUAUAUCUCAGAGCUUCUUCGUUGGCUGGAGCAAGUAACAGCUGAGAGCGUAAAGCCGUAUAUAGCUGUGCGCCAAGGAGAGCUUAGAAUAGAUGUGCCCAAGCCAUUUGACUGGCAAUCCGUUUACCAGAUGCCCCAAAAAAGCAGAGAGGCACUCAGGAAAAAAGUGGAACUAACACGCACGCUGAUUCAGCAAGGCAUUGAGCAAGGCUCCAGGAAAUGGGAAGAAAUGCAAAGAUUCAUCGAUGAACAACUUGCCACUGAGCAACUGAGUCUUCAGCAGAUUAUAGAAAAUCUACAGCAGCGCAUAAAGACCUGAAUGGACAUGCAGAAGAUGAGAAGUAACAUGUUUGUACCACAAUGUAUUUAAAAAAACAUCAAUCAGCAUACUGGAGCUUCAGGUACUAUCUGUUUGAAUCUGAAUUUGUAAAUGAAAAGUGAAUAAUCUACACUAGGUUAUUUUAAUAAGCUUAAUAAGUCAAUAAAUGAGUUCUUUAUUACAUUUUUGUGUCAUUCAUUACAGCUACUUUUACUCUGGCCAUAGGGCUUAAUCCAACAAUUGUCAAGGUCAAUAAGAAGUCUUUGCUUUGAUUUCACUGUAUGUUGGAUCAAGCCAAUAAUGUGCAAUACAUACUGUAAAUAGUCAGAAAAGCUAUGUAAUACAUA